AUGAAGAACAAGCUGUACCUGAUGUGUGGCAUCCGUAGCGAUCGCCGGUUGGUUGUGGAUCUUUUGGCUAUCCUGUUCGGGGUCGGGUCCUGGCUCGGCAUCAACUCCGUGUACGUACAGCUGCCACUCCUCGUGGGGAGCGCUCCAGAAGGCUGGAACCUACCAUCCUACCUAGUGGUCAUCAUCCAGCUCGGUAAUAUAGGACCGAUCUUGUACACCGCCGCAUUGCGCUGGAAGUCCUUCCGUGACUCGUACCUCAUUAUGGGCCUACUUCUGCUGGGUUCGUGCGCUGCCAUGGUCACGGCCUUCAUCUACGAUCAAACGGUGCACGUAUUCGACGCAGAUCGCUCGGUUCCGUUGUUCAUCACCGUGUUUGCCCUCUCACUGGUUGGCUGCACCAGCUCCGUGUUGUUUAUGCCGUACAUGGGGCGAUUCAAGGAUAUCUACCUGAUCACCUACCUCAUCGGUGAGGGUUUUAGUGGUUUCGUGCCAAGCAUCGUUGCACUCAUCCAGGGUGUCGGUGGCAAUGGCGAAUGCCGGUUAGUGGAUGGUACCGAUCCGGCUGAACCACCGAAGUACGAAAGCUACACGCCACCACCACGUUUUGGAACCCGUCCGUACUUCAUCAUAUCCUCCGCCAUCCUAGCGGUGAGCCUGAUAGCGUUCGUACUACUUGAUCGAUUGGGUGUUUGUCGCGGUGAGUACGCAGCUGUCACGAUCGGUAAUGGGAACAACUACGCCUACAACGCGAGUAGCUCUCGUGAAGAGGAUUGCAAGACCCCAACGGAGAUGGUAGACGACACCGAACGUCAAGAACCUUCAUCGCUCGUAAGACGCAACUAUCUGCUGUUGAUGCUGCUCAUCAGCGUCAUGUGUCUGUUUGGAAACGGCUUCUUUCCCAGCGUCCAGUCGUACUCCUGUCUACCAUAUGGGAACGUUGCCUACCAUCUAACGGUAACGCUGAGUAGUAUGGCAAAUCCAGCCGCCUGUUUCUUAGCGUUUUUCUUGCCAAAGAACUCCGUGCGGUCGAUAGUGGCCCUCUCAAGUCUGCUGGUGCCGUUUGCUGCUUAUGCGCUCACUACAGCCAUCACUAGUCCGGAUCCACCGUUAAUGCACAACGUGCUGGGUGACAUCUUCGUGGUGGCAUGCUGGACGAUAAUGGUCGGGCUCGUUAGCUACGUUCGACUGGUCAUCACCACCUUGCUACGCUGCGAGGGUGGCCAAACGUUGGUCUGGGUUGGAGUUGCGUCUCAGCUUGGCUCCCUGGUUGGAUCGAUACUGUCCUUUACGUUGGUCAACUUCACAGAUACUUUCCAGCAGUACUAUCCAUGCUAGCGUACCUCGACUGAUAUUUUGGUAUGGCAUUAUUAUUUAGACACGCGCCAAGAGAUCUUUAUGUAUUUAUCCCUUUCCUACCAGUCGCGA